AAUGGCAUCUACGGAAGAAAACAAGCACAACAAUAUUAGCACAUAUCCAGCUUGCUAGCUGUGUUAGAUGUGUUAAACCGUGUGGAUUUAAGUGGAAUAAUUGCGAGUCGUCCUGUGGUCAAGGCAGCGUUUUAAGGUUCUGAUGCUGGCAAUGCCAUCACUGUGGAGUAAUACUGCAAGCAAAUAAAUCAAUGCCAGUAGGAGCAAUCAUGUCCAGAAGCAAGAGCUCCGAGUCUGUGAAAGUUGUGGUGCGGUGUCGCCCCAUGAAUGACAAGGAGCGCGCUGCAAACUUUGAGAGGGUGGUCUCUAUGGAUGUAAAGUUGGGCCAGAUUGUAGUGCAUAAUCCAAGAAGUGGGUCAACUCAUGACCACCCCAAAGUUUUCACUUUUGACUCGGUCUACGACUGGAACUCGAAGCAGGUUGACCUCUACGAUGAGACAUUCAGGCCAUUGGUGGAUUCGGUAUUGCUGGGCUUCAAUGGCACUAUCUUUGCUUAUGGACAGACAGGUACCGGGAAGACGUACACAAUGGAAGGGAUACGCAAUGACCCAGAAAAAAGGGGAGUCAUUCCCAACUCCUUUGAGCACAUUUUUACACACAUCUCCCGGUCACAGAACCAACAGUAUCUGGUCAGGGCAUCAUACCUGGAGAUCUACCAGGAGGAAAUCAGGGACCUGUUAGCCCAGGACCAGUCUCGUCGUCUGGCGCUGAAGGAGAGACCUGACAGGGGUGUUUAUGUCAAAGACCUUUCUUCGUUUGUCACUAAAAGUGUUCGGGAAAUUGAGCAUGUUAUGAAUGUAGGGAACCAGAACCGUUCGGUUGGCUCAACCAACAUGAAUGAGCAUAGUUCCCGUUCUCAUGCCAUAUUUGUUAUUACAAUUGAGUGCAGCGAGUUGGGUCCAGAUGGGGAGAACCACAUCCGUGUUGGGAAACUCAAUUUGGUUGACCUGGCAGGAAGCGAAAGGCAGACAAAAACCGGUGCGCAAGGAGAACGAUUAAAGGAGGCCACCAAAAUCAACCUCUCCCUGUCUGCUUUGGGUAAUGUCAUUUCUGCAUUGGUGGAUGGCAAAAGCACCCACAUUCCGUACCGAGAUUCUAAGCUCACGCGUCUGCUUCAGGACUCACUGGGAGGUAAUGCUCGAACUGUCAUGGUGGCCAACAUUGGACCAGCCUCCUACAAUGUAGAGGAGACUCUUACUACACUUCGCUACUCAAACCGCGCCAAAAAUAUCAAGAACAAACCCCGCAUCAACGAGGACCCCAAGGACGCCAUUCUACGAGGGUUUCAGGAGGAAAUUGCUCGUUUGAAGCAGCAGUUGGAGAAACGAUCAGGGAAAAGGAAGAAAAAAAGGCAGAAGAGGAUGGUUGGAGAGGGAGGAGAGGAACUGGAUGAUGGUGAGGACGAGGAGGAGGAGGAUGAUGAGGAAGAGGGGGCGGAUGGGGAUAAGAACAUAACUGAUUAUUGGCGGGAGCAGCAGGAGAACCUAGAGAAGGAGAAGAAAGCCAUUUUGGAGGACCACAGCCUGGUGGCAGAGGAGAAACAGCGACUGCUCAUGGAGAAGGAGAAGAAAAUGGAUGAUCUCCGUCGGGAAAAGGAGGCUUCUGAAAUGCUGGCAGCCAAGAUCAAGUCUAUGGAGAGCAAGCUGUUGGUUGGAGGGAAGAACAUUGUUGACCACACUAAUGAACAGCAGAGAAUCCUGGAGCAGAAAAGGCAGGAAAUUGCUGAACAGAAAAGGCGUGAACGGGAGAUGCAGCAGGAGGUGGAGUGUCGUGAUGAAGAGACUCUUGAACUGAAGGAGACGUACAGCUCACUGCAACAGGAAGUGGACAUAAAGACCAAGAAACUGAAAAAGCUCUUUGCUAAGCUACAAGCAGUGAAAGCAGAGAUCCAUGACGUCCAGGAGGAGCAUAUUAAAGAGAGACAAGAGCUGGAGCAGACACAAAACGAAUUGACCAGAGAACUCAAACUAAAGCACUUGAUCAUCGAGAACUUCAUUCCAUUGGAGGAGAAGAAUAAGAUCAUGUCAAGGGCCACUUUUGACGAGGAGGAUGACACCUGGAAAAUGAAACCCAUUACCCGCGUUCAAGAUGAUCAGCAGAUGAUGACGAGGCCAGCGUCUGCAGUGGGAUACAGGAGGCCACUGAGUCAACAUGCACGCGUGGUCAUGAUGAUGCGCCCUGAUCCUAGAUAUAGGGCUGAGAAUAUCCUGAUGCUGGAACUUGACUUGCCCACACGCACCACUAAAGAGUACGAGGAACCCAUGAUCGCGCCAAAGGUGGCUGCAGCUUUAGAAGAUGCACUGAGAGAAGAGGAGGAUAUCCAAGUGGAUGCUUCAACCUUGGGACAUGGUGGAUUCAACAAGAAACCAAAAACAAGUCGUCCCAAAACAGGCAAGAAGGUGAGCACGCCCACAUCAGCCCAUAGUCCCACCAGCUCAGGAUCUCCACUCUACCCCCAGUCUCGUGGCCUUGUGCCCAAAUAACACCUCGAAAUCCUUCUCCAGAUCCUUUAGCCUUCUAGACAGACUUUGUUUUUUGCGAUGGUUUGGAACAAGGUGAAGGUUGUUGUUGUGAAUAAAAUCUCCAGGUUAUGAAAAGUAUACUUAAAAUGUAUACAUUAAUGAGAAGGCAGACCAAGCUAUGACUUCCUCUCCUCACUCAGAAAAACCUGAGCUUUUAAGCUUUCAGCGAACAUAAUUAAGGACUACUUAAAUGUGCUGGGUUUCCCAAAAGCCUCUUAAUGCUAAGAGCAUCUUAACUAGGAGUGAGUGAGUGUUCUUUGUGCUGCUUGCUCGACCAUUUAAGUGAUCUUUGUGCUACGAUGCUUUUGGGAAACCCACUCAUGCUCGGGUUCUGCUGCUGACUGGUUUAAAAUACUUAAAAGUGCAAUCACAAAUGGCUUUCCUGAAAAGGAAGAUUUGUUUUGACAUUGGUGUUCAGAGGUGUGUUGCUGUCUUAUUAAGAACACACAAACUGUUGGUCAUGUCUAGUCUUGCUGAUAACUGAGAGUAACGUCCUCCAUCCUCUUCAUUUACUCAGUGCACUUGGCCAGAACUCCAUUGUAUGUACAGAUGUUGCAUUGUAUGUAGCUAGGAAUGUGUUUUUGUUUUUUUUUUUCUUAAUUGUAGGAUUAAUAAAUUUGAAAAGAUCAAUUGUGGAUUUCGCUGGGUGGGUGCGAGCGGUCCAUCCGUUUGCCUCCAAAUAUGCGCUGUAGUGUUAA